CAUUUUACUGCGAAGCUCCGUUUUUGCGACCCCACUUGUUAAAUGUUGAUAAUAACAGCAUAACGGAUAUUAGUUUAAUUACCAUUAUACAUUUUAAUUGUUUUUCACUUUGGUUUUAAUUAAUUAAUUUAUAACUUUAAAAUGAGCAAUACCAAUAAAGAAACAUUAAGAAAAGUUAUCCAUAAAAAUCCUCCAGGAAAGGCAGUAGGUAUUCGUAAAAAAGAAAUGUUAAUCAAUAUAUACAAAAACAAAAUUAAAUAUGAACCUAAUCUCAAAUUCUCGAAAUUAACGAAAGAAUUAUCCCAAGAAACUGGCAUCGGUAUUCAAACAGUUAGAAAAACUGUACGUAAAUAUUGGGAUGGACAAGCCAUAACAGCAAAAAAAAGACCAAUUCGACUAACACUGAUUGAAAAAAUUGACAAUUUUGAGAAGUGUGCAAUUCGCCAAAAAAUUCAUAGUUUUUGGUUUAGGCACGAAAUACCAACUUCAAAAAAUAUAUUACUCGCCAUAAACGCUGAUCCCAAUCUUCCUUCAAUACAAUUUAGCUCAUUAAAAACACUUUUAAAAGAUUUAAAUUUCGAAUACACGAGAUGGAAUCGAAAUAACUGUGCUCUUACGGAAAGAAAAGAUAUUGUACUAUGGCGUCGAAAAUAUCUAGAAGAUAUAAGGCGUUAUCGAGAAGAAGGUAGAACUAUUUAUUAUUUGGAAGAGACGUGGGUCAACAUCGGGGAAUAUUCUCACAAAGAAUUUUUGGGUGAUAGAGAGCAAUCUAGUAAAAGCAAACGAUUAAUUGCCGUGCAUAUUGGAUCAGCAAAAGGUUUCGUUGAGGGAGGGCUUUUAUGCUUUGAGCCGAAAAAUAAUAUGGCUAGCUACCAUGACAACAUGAAUGGUGACAUAUAUUAUGAUUGGUUCCGUGGUAUUUUGCCUCUACUCGAGGAGAACUCGGUUAUUAUUAUGGAUAACGCGUCACACUAUUCGGUAGCAAAUCACGUACCCACCAUGUCCUGGAAAAAGAAUAGUAUUUUAAAAUGGUUUGAAAAUAAAGGUAUAGUAUUCGAUAGACCAAUGGUUAAGUUUCAAUUAAUUGAAAAGGUGAAGGAGAUAAGACAUACCGUCGACAUAUAUAAAAAAAGUGUACAAGAAGCAAUAAAUUAUAAUAAAGCUAUUCUUCGUUUACCGCCGCACCAUAGUGAAUUGAAUCCAAUACAAUCUGCAUGGUCGGUUGUAAACAACCACAUGAAAACGAAUAACUACACAAGUUCUAAUUUGGAUGAUAUACGUCAACUAAUUAAUGACGGGGUCAAACUAGUAACGCCCGAGAUGAUGGCUAAUUUUGUCGAUCACUCAGUAAAAGAAGAAAACAAACUUUGGGACCUUGAUUUCAUUAUCGAUGAUUUGUUGGAAGAAGUUGUAACUGAAUCAAACACUGCAGUAACCAUAAACUUAGUUACGUCUUCCGAAUCAUCCGAUUAUUGAACUAAUUAAUGUUUUAUACCAAUCAUUAACCAAUCAUUAUAACCUACCUACUUAUUAUUCCAAUAUUUUAUUUAUGUGUAUAUUUUGAUCUUACGCAAAUUUAUAUCUGAAUUUUUUUUGAUGAUUUAGAACCUACUAUUAUUUAAAUCGUUUUUAAUAAUAUUUUGUAUUUUAUUUAUGACGAACGUUGUUAAAACAACUAAUUUAUGA